UUACAUGCCAGUGAAAGGCCAGCGCUGCUGACGAAAGCCCCACUCAAUCCUCUGUAGGACCAGGAAAAAAUGACAGAAAUCAUGUUUGAAGGCUUCAUGGUGCCAGCUAUUUAAGUCACAUACCAGGCAACUCAGGCACUCUAUGCAUUAGUCCGUAUUACUAAGAGAGUCAUGAUCAGUGAGGAUGGUGUUAUCUACACUGGCCCCCUAUAUGAAGGAUACUGUUUUCCCCAUGCUGUCUCCAGGCUGGAUAUUGCUGGUGAAUACUUUAUGAAGAUUCUUUUGGAGAAUGGACACACUUUUGUUAGCACAGCUGGAAGGGAAAUUAUGAAAGAUAUCAAAGAGAAGUUGUGCUAUGUAGCUUUAGACCCCAUCCAAGAAAUGAAAGCAAAGCCAGAAGAAAUUAUGAAAGAAUUCAGAUUGCCUGACAACAAUAUCAUCCAGAUAGGCAACCAGCUCUUUCGUGUACCAGAGACCCUUUUCGUGCCUGCCAGCUUUGCAGUUGAAGGUCCCAGUGUGCCAAAAUGA